UUUCCAAGAGCCUUGGCAUCAUCUUCCAUGGACGCAAUGCCAAACAUUUUAGUGAGUUUGACAGAAGCACCACAGCGACAUCUUGUGGAGGAGAAACAACAGUGACCCGGAAGAUCCGUCACACACGGUCACUGCCGACGACAUCUUUCUGUCACAGACCAAUGUUAUCAAGAUGGCGUUACGGCCAGGAUCUGGGGGAGGUGGCAGUUUUAUUUAUCCUGUUGGAGGGGGCCUGGGACCGCCACAAGGCAUGAUGCCCAUACAGCAGCAGCAACAACAGCAGGGUUUCCCUGGUAUGGUCCAAGUCCAAAUGCAGCCCAACAUGCAAGGGAUGAUGGGAAUGAACUUCGGAGUCCAGAUGCCUCCUGGUGCCAUGCCUAUGCAGGGUGGGAUGACCAUGGGGAUGCAGGCCCCUGGGAUGCAGUUCAUGGGCCAGCCGCAGUUCAUGGGCAUGAGGGGCCCCGGGCCCCAGUACACUGCCGACAUGCAGAAACAGAUGGCUGAGGAACACCAGAAGCGUCUGGAGCAGCAGCAGCGGAUGCUGGAGGAGGACAGGAAGAGGAGGCAGUUUGAGGAGCAGAAACAGAAGCUGAGGCUGCUGAGCAGCGUCAAACCCAAGGGACAGAUGGGGGUGAGUCGGGACGACGCGCUGGAGGCCAUCAAAGGCAACCUGGACGGGUUCAGCAGAGACGCCAAGAUGCACCCCACGCCAUCCUCACACCCCAAAAAGCCAGCAGGUGUUGGUGGGUACCCUCAGCCCAUGGUACCAGGCUGGCUCUACAACGACACCCUCAUCCCAGAGAUGUUCAAAAAGGUCCUGCAGUUCACCAUGACUCCGGGGGGCAUCGACACAGCCAAGCUCUACCCCAUCCUGAUGUCCUCAGGCCUGCCCAGGGAAGCACUGGGCCAGAUCUGGGCCUCAGCCAAUCGCACCACACCUGGCAUGUUGACCAAGGAGGAGCUCUACACAGUCCUGGCUCUGAUUGGUGUGGCACAGAGUGGUCUUCCAGCCAUGAAUGUGGAGAUCCUGAGCCAGUUCCCCUCUCCCCCGGUGCCCAACCUGCCUGCCCUGGCUAUGGCUAUGGCCCCUGUCAUGCCCCAGCAGCACCAACACCAGCAGCCCAUGAUGACUCAGACCCCCGUCCCCGUGUCCAUGGCCAUGCCUACCCCAGCACCAGCGGUCAUGGGCAGGGCUCCUCCUGGAGCUCCUCUACCCUCUGCCCAACUUCCCACCAACUUCAUCACCAACUUCCCACAUUUGCAGGGGAAAGCAGACGAGGAUGACUUCCAGGACUUCCAGGAGGCCCCCAGGGCAGGAGGAGGGGACCAGUCCUUCACUGAAUUCCAGGGGGAGUCAGGGCAAACCUUCCCCACCAACACACCUUCUCUGCACCAGAACAGUGCUCCUGCCAUUCUGACUCCGGUCUCUGGCUCUUCCUCGUCAUCUUCUGAUAAGUAUGCUGUCUUCAAGCAGCUCUCGGUGGAGCAGCCUCCAGAGCCCUCUCAGCCUGCCUCAGAUUUUGGCGGAGACAAAUACAGUGUGUUCCGACAGCUAGAGCCACCAGGUGACAGGAAACCAGUAGGGGAAGGAUUUGCCGAUUUCAAGUCUGUCAGCGUGGAUGAUGGCUUCACAGACUUUAAAACCUCCGACAGCAUCUCUCCACUAGACCCUCCAGACCAGGCCAAGAUGUUUCAGCCAGCCUUCCCUCCUGCUUUCCCUAACUCUCAGUCUCUACCGCAACUACAAAAUCAGCUACAUCUACAUCAACAACAACAACCAGCAGUCUCUCUCUCUCAGCCUAAAAACCCUCUCAACAUGGCUGACCUGGAUCUCUUCUCCUCUAUGGCUCCUUCAGCCCCCACCCCUGCUGAGACCAAGCCCAGUCCCUUCCCCUCUGUGCCCCCCUCCCUAGUGCUCCCACCAGGUGGGGCUAAGCCCCCUGGAGGAGGGGCUGAGGACUUUGGCAACUUUGCCCUCUUUGGCCCCGCCUCGUCUUCUGAGGCUGUUCCUAUUGGCACUGCUCUGGGAGGGGGCGUGGCAGCAUCUCAGGAUGACUUUGCAGACUUCAUGGCUUUCGGCAGCUCUGGGGGGGAGGCCAAGGGUGAGGGGUUGAGGUCUGGAGAGGGCAGGGCAGAGGGGAGAGGAGAGACCACCAUCGCUCCACAGCUGCCCCAGCAGGGCUCUGACAAGUACGACGUGUUCAAGCAGCUGUCUCUGGAGGGAGGCUUGGCGUACGACGACAACAAGGAGAGUGCCGGCGGCUCGCUCUCGUCACUCAGGAGCGAAGCAGACGACUUUGCCGACUUCCAGUCAUCCAAGUUCUGCACGGCGCUGGGGGCCUCGGAGAAGAGCCUGGUGGAUAAGGUGUCAGCCUUCAAACACGGCGGCAAGGAGGACUCGGCUUCAGUUAAGUCCCUAGACCUUCCAUCCAUCGGGGGCAGCAGCGUGGGCAAAGAGGACUCUGAGGACGCUCUGUCAGUGCAGCUGGACAUGAAGCUGUCGGACAUGGGUGGAGACCUGAAGCACGUGAUGUCAGACAGCUCUCUGGACCUGCCGGGUCUCUCAGCCCACCAACCCCCCGCCUCAGAAGGAGACGACGUAAAGUUUAACCCCUUCGGAACGUCAGCAGUCAGCAGCGUGGCCAGCUAUGAUUGGUCAGAAAGAGAGGAAUGCCUGUGCGCUCAGGAUCAGGCCAAGAAGCAUCUGGGCCUGGACGGUGUUGGUGUUUCCUCCUCUCUCCCCUCAGACGUAGUCCACAGGAAGGAGACGUCGUUCGGCAGCACAGAGAACAUCCCCAUCACACACAUCGCCCAGACUAAGAUCACCACCUUCUCAACAGAGGAUAGUGUGUCGACCGACAGCAAGUUUGAGGCCUUCGCUGACUUUGGCUCUUGUGAGCCGGAAGGUUUGGGUGGGGAUGAGAAUGAUGACUUUGGGGACUUUGCCAGCACGGUGUCAGCGAAGUCAGACUCCCCCUUGGCAGUGGCCGAGCCGGGCUCCGAGGGGAACCUGAACGAGGCCUCGGAUGAGUUCAGGGCCUUUCAGGGGGACAAGGCCAAGUUUGGGAAGUCUGACUUUUUGAAGGCCAGCUCUCAGACCAAGGUCAAGUCCAGUGAAGAGAUGAUCAAGAGCGAACUGGCCACCUUUGACCUCUCUGUACAAGGCUCCCACAAGCGUAGCCACAGUUUGGGGGAGAAGGAGAUUGGACGCUCGCCCCCCUCCCCGGCCCCGGAGCAGCCCUUCAGAGACCGCUCCAGCACCCUGAGUGAGAAGAAGCCUGCCCUGCCCGUCAUCAGAGACAAGUACAAGGACCUGACUGGGGAGGUGGAGGAGAGUGAGCGCUAUGCAUAUGAGUGGCAGAGGUGUCUGGAGAGUGCUGUACAGGUCAUCAUUAAAGCCAACAACACCCUAAACAGCAUCAGCUGCUCUACUGUUUGCACUGAGGUCAUCCAGUCUGCUCAGGGCAUGGAUUACCUACUGGGUGUGGUGGAGGUGUACCGCGUGACCAAGCGUGUGGAGCUGGGUAUCAAGGCCACAGCCGUGUGUUCUGAGAAGCUGCAGCAGCUGCUGAAGGACAUCAGCCGCGUCUGGAACAACCUCAUGGGCUUCAUGUCCCUGGCCAACCUGGCGCCUGAUGAGAGCUCGCUGGACUUUUCCUCCUGUAUCCUGAGACACGGCAUCAAGAACGCCAAGGAGCUGGCCUGUGGGGUGUGCCUGCUCAACGUGGACUCACGCAGCAAGAGCAAAGAAGAGACAACUAUUGGACGUCUGUUUAAAAGAGCACUGGCUAAAGACCAUGACAAGAGGUUAAGGGCUUUCAACUCAGAGACGGACAACUUCAAGCUGCCGUACGGGGGCCACCAGUACCACGCCAGCUGUGCCAAUUUCUGGAUUAACUGCGUGGAGCCCAAACCGCCGGGCCUCAUUCUGCCCGACCUGCUCUGAACUGCAGACACCGCUGCCAUGGCAACGGGCGCCAGAGGUACUCUGUGCUCUUUGCGGCGGUGAAGAAGUGCAAAUCUGCUGGUUUGUACAAAUUCAAGGCUUGACACAGUAAAGACUAUUCUGUAUCAUAAUGUAUUGUAAAAUUCUACUUUAUAAAUGGUGUCAUUUUCUCUCUUUUUUUCCAUUGUCUGCUCUCAUAUACAGUAGAAUGCAAGUUGGCCUUUUAGCAUCGAUGCUUAUGCGACUUCCCUGGCAGGAUUUAUUUUGGCAAACAUUAUUCAGAUAAUUAACCAAUGUUGUGCUACGGUAACCCAAAGGAGGUCUAGUCCCUAUGUCAGAGCAGGAGAAAAUGUGGACAGUUAUAUGAAUGGGGUAAUGGGUUUCAACAUUUUCUGUACUGCACUCUUUCUGUGACUCAAUAAGUCCAUAACGAACUAUUAAAACUGUGCAAUAUACUACUAAUGAAGGAACUUGGAGACAAACUGAAGUGUAAGGCUAUCUGUAAUUUCCUUUGAUUGUCACUUGUUGCUUGGUUACUCUUUAAUGCUUGAGCUCAGCAAAGAAAGAGGGACUUUGUUGGUGUUUGGGUCUUAAAGUAGUAUUUUCUCCUCUCUGUUCUUCUCGAAUCAGGGUUGUGGUAUCAUCACACUGCUGGAACUGAAUCCAUUUUAAGGUCGGGUCUCUAAAAGGAGAGUCUAUGGUUGCUAACGUUUGAAUUGAUAUUUAACGUUUUAAGUAUUGUGUGACAUUGACUGCUUUUUAAUGUCUUUGUAUUGUUUGAUAAGGACUGCUUUAUCUAAAUGAAUGUUCAUGUCCUGUUUGAACAUUUUUGUGACAUUGGGGCUUGAAAGGGAGUCUUAAUUCUUAAAGAUUGUUGGCUGUGGGUUUUGUUUUUCUGUCUUGCUGUGCCAGUGUAUAUAUACUUGCGCUGUUGACGGGGAUGUUUUUGCAGAUCUAAGUCUUGAAUGAAGUCAACUGUGAUUAUGGACUAUUGCAGCAGCUCUUUGUGAGGAUUACAGUAUCAUAGUAUUGUAAUUGCAAUGACUAACUGUAAUGUGAAGUGAUGACGUUUACAUAAAUAAUACAUUGAUGCAUAAAUUAAAUACUUUUCAUGGUCAUUAACCAA